CGGCUGAGAGCGGGUGCAUUACGUAAGGCAGAUGUGUGGCGAGAAAAGAGGAAACAGAAGUAGCGGAGUAGCGGAAGUGGUACUGCCCUGAACGAUACGGAGGACGGAGGUUCAGUCGUCUAGAGAAAGAAAAAAAGCAGGAGAACAAGUCCCUCAUAUUUCUAGAAAAUGGACAAGAACGACCUGGUACAGAAGGCCAAGCUUGCUGAGCAGGCUGAGCGCUAUGAUGACAUGGCAGCGGCGAUGAAGUUGGUGACAGAACAAGGUGCAGAGCUUUCAAAUGAGGAGCGCAACCUUCUUUCUGUUGCCUACAAGAAUGUGGUGGGAGCACGCCGCUCAUCCUGGCGUGUCAUCUCCAGCAUUGAGCAGAAGACUGAGGGCAAUGACAAAAAACAGCAGAUGUCAAGUGAAUACCGGGAGAAGAUUGAAUCUGAGCUGCAGGAAAUCUGCCAUGAUGUGCUCGGGCUACUGGACAACUUUCUCAUUGCCAAUGCAUCUGCUGCUGAAAGCAAGGUGUUCUAUCUGAAAAUGAAAGGCGACUAUUAUAGAUACCUCUCUGAGGUUGCAUCUGGGGAUAGUAAGAAGGAUACAGUGGACAAUUCCCAGAAGGCGUACCAGCAAGCUUUUGACAUUAGCAAGGGGGAGAUGCAGCCAACACACCCCAUCAGACUUGGCCUGGCCCUCAACUUCUCAGUCUUCUACUAUGAAAUCCUUAACAACCCGGACAAGGCUUGCAGCCUGGCUAAGACGGCAUUUGAUGAAGCCAUUGCUGAACUUGACACUUUGAACGAGGAUUCUUACAAAGACAGCACCCUGAUCAUGCAACUACUAAGGGACAACCUGACUCUGUGGACAUCAGAAAACCAGACAGAUGAAACAGAGGCUGGAGAAGGGGAAGGAAACUAAUGGAAAUGCACUGUUAAUCCACCUACACUCUUAUCUUAAACACAGACAGCUUAUAUACAUCCCCCUCCACUCCAUCAGCCCCUCCCACUUCUGUAUGACAAGCAGCCUGAAUUGCUCCUGACCAACUAGUUUACCCCUCUCAGUUCACUGUGAGGUGACAGGGUAAUUUUCAGUUGUUAGCAGUUUCAGUCACUUUGUGGAAACAUGUUGUAUUAAUUAGUGAGUCCAUGUUGCUGUUGUUUUUGUCAGCUUUGUGUGUCUGUAUGUAGUGAGUGAGUGUGAAUGAAUGUGAAAGACUGCAAUGGUCUGGGGGGAGGGGGUUGUGAAUUCUAAUCGUCCUUCCAAAUUCCUUUGUCCCACCUAGUUUGUUGUGCAUUUUCCCUUUUUUGUUACUUAUUUGUGAAUUCCUUAUAUAUUUACAGGUUUUAUUGUAAGGUAAUAAAACUGGCAGUUGAUUUCCACCAAACACUGUGAUGGUAGGCUUUCCAUUUACUUCACAAACCCCAAAACUGUUUUCUUUUGAAUUUCUAGACACACACGCAAUCCUGGUUUCAACUAACUGCAAUUCUGCUGUGGGCUCAUACAGAAAGGAGGCAGGCUGUAUUGUGACACUGACAUCUUGAUGUAAUGCUCUUUAAACAUUUUCACAAAUUUAGUUUAAAUGUUCUAAGGGACCCUUAAAUUGUCAUGUUAGAUUUGUUCAGACAUAAGACAUUCCACAUUAUUAGGCAUUUAGGUAGGCAGUGCAUCUGUUUUCUUUUUUUGAACUAAGUAUGGACUGUCAUUGUAGUUUUUCUCACUGUUCAGGUGCUGCUUGAUCUCAGUACGAUGAAAAUUGUAUGUACGUAAAUGUGGUUCCAUGUAUUUUGCAAGAUUGACUAUCAUCUUUAUGUAAACCCUAAAAUAACCUUUUAUUGAUGUUAAUUGAAAAAUGUCUUACCACACUGUAUCAACCCUGCUUGCAAAAUAUCCCCCUUAAAGCGGUUGUUUUCUCCAAACACAUUUUUGUGCCUGGCUUUCUCUUACAGCCUCUGCAUUUUCAUUUAGCUGGCAGCAUCUGCUUGUUGUAGAAAUCCUUAAAGAACGAGAUAGACGAGAUGCAAUUCAGCUGGUAAAACUGUUGAUCUUGGUUUUUACCCAUGUGCAUGACACGCAGGCCACUCACAAGAUGGCUUGUGUGAGUGGCUGUGUUAAAAAUCAGGUCAGUUUGGAGAAGCGCAUCACUUUGGAAAGAAGCUCAGUGUCACAAUACCAUGUAUCACCACUACAUUCCACAUAUUGUAGUUGAAGGCACCAUUCCACAUUAUAGCUGACAGUCUGUUUACUCUGACAAUGCUCCAAUGAAUUGAAAUCUUCUGUUGAGAAAAAAAAAUCAUGUCGGUUUAUUGUUAUGCUUGAUGAAAAUGCAGUUAGUGAAUGUGGAACGAAGCCUGUCUGUAUAUCAGGUAUCUACUUGCUUUGUUUUUACUGACAAGUCUUAUGGCUAAAAUUUGCUUCUGUAACAGUCUAUUACCCAGUGCACACACGUGGUUGUGAAAAUUUAGAUUAGCUCUAAAAAGCAAUGAUGAAAUGGAGAUAAACAAUGGUUGGUGUAAUUCUAGCUUUGUGUUUAUGUAUCUUAAAUCCAUUCUAGUUUCACUAUACAUGUAAGAAAUAGGAAAGUGUCAAAGACCAUUCAGUGAAAUAAAGUUUCGUUUAAGAUAA